AUGACGCUCACGAGCAAGCCCGUCUCGAUCCCGCCUUACCUGCCCACGCAGCACGACUACAAGCCGACCCAUCCUAGCUUAUUCAAGGUCAACUUUGCGGGCGAGCAUGACGAAUUUUCUUCAUCCUUGAGCACCGUCAGGGUCAGUUGAUGUGUCUUUCGAAAGGACGUGUUGCCAAAUUGGGCCGCCCUCGUGCAGUGCAGUGCAGUACAGCUUCGGACUCCGGAGAACGGGUCAGGAAAAGCGAUCGUUCGGUCCGUGACCGGGGAACGUCAACGCCGAUCUUACCCGACAUCUCUCCCGCGGUGAUUGGAUCCGGUGAUAUCACUCGGGGUCCCAAACUUGGGCAGAGUCACCUUGUACGAGUCUGUACCAUAUUUCUCUUCGCUGACAUCCUUUUGCUCUGUCUUGCACCGCUUCUCUGACUUUCGCAAAUUCCCGAUCCUGCCUCCGCUCGACAACCCCCACAUUCGAUGCGGUCUCUGCGAUCUCUGAUGACCGAACCGCCCGCUCGCCUCGCUGCUAUCAACACGACUCGAUCAAUGGCGCAACAUUACUGCGCCCCGUCUGGUCUUCAAAACGUACAACCUGCUUCAAUAGGCCUUCACCAAGGGCGAAACCAUCUGCGCGAUCGAAAACACCUUGCCCGGAACAAAAGCCUACUCGUCCGUCCAGGUCUUGCCGGACCCGCCGAUCCCGGGUCAAGACCUCGACGCGCUGCGCCACAUUGAGCUCAAUUCGGACUUGCUCUUCGUCAACCACUCGUGCGAACCCAAUGUCGCUUUCAACAUUAACAAGAGUGGGGAUUGGAAAGUUGUCGCGUUGAAGGAUCUCAAACAGGGCGAGGUGGGUGAUGUUAUUCAGAAAAUCACUGCGAGGCGAUGGAAUUCUUGCUGGAACGGUUCGCCGGGGUUUGUCCUACGCAGAUCAUGACGUUUGCCUACUUUUCGACCGAAUGGGACAUGGAUCAACCUUUUCAUUGCCUGUGCGGUGCAUCACAAUGCCUGGGCAUCAUCACUGGAGCCAAAGAGAUCGCUCCCGAGAUCCUGUCGAGGUGAGUCACCGAAUUUCGAAGACUGUUCGAUGUUGGAGUGGGGCACCCUCGCUGACGCCAAUCACUUAUACCUUGGACCUGCAUUAGAUUCUUUAUAAAUGAUCACAUCUUGGCCAUGAAAAAGCAACAGACAUCUCCGACCUCGAGCCUCAAAGCCAGCAACGCCAUGACAGCCGAAUCCGCGCCGACGUACGAAGUCCAAGCGUGA